AUGUCAUCUUUUAUUACGAAUGGACGUUUUCCGCCUAUCAAUAGGUUUACUACGGGAGACGUGUCUAUUGAAGAGCGAUGCACUGCAAUCGAUUUCGUCAAUUGCCACAACUUCGUUUUCCAAGAAUUCAAUAUUGACAAAAUGCUGGACACAUUUCUCGAAAAAGCGCUCGUCUAUCACAGCCACGGCACUGUGCACGGUCACGCAGAGAUGAAGCCGUUUUUGGAGGACUUCUCCGAAUUUUUCAUUCACGGAAUUUCUCGAAAUGCCUCAAAUCAUGUCGUUGACCGUGACGGUGAUGGUGGAGUCUUCGGGCCAAGCGCGGAUGCUAUUGCUGGGCACGAUACCAUUAGGCAUGAUACGUUGCCCGAGAUAUGGUGGGUUGAGUUUAUGAUAGAUCGUCUCAGGAUGACGUCAAAUGGCUGGAAGGUCCAUGAGCGGUAUCUUGGGACUCCAUACCGCGACCAAGCUCUCGACCCAAAAGAGCAUUCGAAAAGCGACGGUCCUGAUCAAUCCUGCGGUGCAAGAUCCGAUGCUACAUAA